CUUCUGCCCUACCUUUCUCAUGGGAACCGGGUGCUGUGCCCGGGAGGUGCUGGUCCCCGAGGGGCCGCUGUACCGCGUGGCUGGCACAGCCGUCUCUAUCCCCUGCAACGUCACUGGCUACGAGGGCCCCGCCCGGCAGGACUUCGAGUGGUUCCUGUACAGGCCUGAGGCCCCAGAGGCUGCGCUGGGCAUCGUUAGCACCAGGGACACCCGGUUCUCCUACGCUGUCUUCGGGCCCCGGGUGGCAGCCGGCGAGGUGCAGGUGCAGCGUGUGCGGGACGAUGCCGCCGUGCUCCACAUCGCGCGCCUGCAGGCCCAGGACGCCGGUGUGUAUGAGUGCUACACGCCCUCCACGGACGCCCGCUACCUGGGCAGCUACAGCGGCAAGGUGGAGCUGAGAGUUCUUCCAGAUGUGCUGCAGGUGUCUGCGGCCGCCCUCGGGCCCCGAGGCCGGCAGGCUCCCACUUCUCCCUCUCGCCUGACGGUGCACGAGGGGCAGGAGCUGGCACUGGGCUGUCUGGCGCGGACGAGCACGCAGAAGCACACACACCUGGCGGUGUCCUUUGGCCGAGUGGUGCCCGGGGCACCCGUGGGGCGACGCAUGGUGCUGGGGGGCACCCAGGCCGAGGACGCCGGCACCUACCACUGCACGGCCGCCGAGUGGAUUCAGGAUCCCGACGGCAGCUGGGCCCAGAUCGCGGAGAAGAGGGCGGUCCUGGCCCACGUGGACGUGCAGACUCUGUCCAGCCAGCUAGCCGUGGCGGUGGGGCCUGGUGAACGUCGGAUUGGCCCAGGGGAGCCCUUGGAACUGCUGUGCAACGUGUCCGGGGCACUGCCCCCACCAGGCCAUCAUGCGACGUACUCUGUGGGCUGGGAGAUGGCGCCUGCAGGGGCACCUGGGCCUGGCCGCCUGGUAGCCCAGUUGGACACAGAGGGCGUGGGCAGCCUGGGCUCUGGCUACGAGGGCCGGCACAUUGCCAUGGAGAAGGUGGCAUCCAGAACCUACCGGCUACGGAUGGAGGCUGCCCAGCCUGGAGACUCGGGCACCUACCGCUGCCUCGCCAAGGCCUAUGUCCGAGGGUCUGGGGUCCGGCUUCGUGAAGCAGCCAGUGCCCGCUCCCGGCCCCUCCCUGUGCAUGUGCGGGAGGAAGGCGUGGUGCUGGAGGCGGUGGCGUGGCUGGCAGGAGGCGCAGUGUACCGCGGGGAGACCGCCUCCCUGCUCUGCAACAUCUCCGUGCGGGGUGGCCCGGCAGGGCUGCGGCUGGCCACCAGCUGGUGGGUGGAGCGACCCGAGGACCCAGAGCUGAGCUCUGCCCCUGCCCAGCUGGUGGGUGGCAUGGGUCAGGAUGGUGUGGCAAAGCUGGGGGUCAGACCUGGAGGAGGCCCUGUCAGUGUGGAGCUGGUGGGGCCCCGGAGCCAUCGGCUGAGACUGCACAGUUUGGGGCCCGAGGACGAAGGCAUAUACCACUGCACCCCCAGCGCCUGGGUGCAGCAUGCCGACUACAGCUGGUACCAAGUGGGCAGUGCCCGAUCGGGGCCUGUCACAGUCUACCCCUACCUGCAUGCCCGGGACACCCUGCUCAUGCCCCUGCUGGUGGGGGCAGCGGUUGCCCUAGUCACCGGCGCCGCCAUCCUUAGCACCAUCACCUGCUGCUUCAUGAAAAGGCUGCGAAAACGAUGAGCCCUUGCCCCGGCCCAGGUCUCACAGGUGUUGACUGUCUUCCAGCCCAGCUCCAAGCCCACCUCUGGUUGCCCGGAAACCCUCUCCCUCUGUCUGCUCUUCCUUUAAUUUAUUGGACCUACCCCCACUCGCAGUGGGGGGCCUGGCCUCCACUCCCCACUCCUGCCUCCCGAUUCCUCCCUCUGGCUUUGUGUUCCGUAUCUCACACCCAGCCUGCAGGGAGGCCUUCCCCAUCCUGGUUAGUUUUUCUAAGAUGUGAAUAAACUGGUUUUAUAAAAUC